UCCCCCCUCACUCUAAGAUUUUUUUUUUAUCGUUUAUGCUUCUAAAUUUCCCCCCUCUCCAAUUUUCCAAUUCCUCGCCGAUUUAUUAGUACGUUUAGGCGCGAUCGAACAUGCGGGCGCCGCCGCCUAUUUAGUUCACGGCUUUUUUUCCUACUCUUCAGAUCCGUUUCAUCGCCAUCAGUUUUGGAAACUUCACUGACUGUGAGAUAUGGGUGGAUGAAGGAGUUGGGGGUAGUUUGGUUCAGUUUGUUCACUGGAGGGGAGUUGAAAAGAUAAAAAAAUAAAGUGUUGUCUCGGUGCCCCAGAUGAGAAGAACUGAUGUUAUUGACAGUAGAAGGAGGAGGGUUCUUCUCUUCUUCAGCAUCCGGGUAUAGCAAGGGCUUGACCCUUCUUCUCUUGGGUCAGAAGCACGAGGACAGGCCCAUGAGAGUUUCGCCGUGGAACCAUUACCAGUUGGUGGACCAAGAACCUGAUCCUGACCUCCAGCUGGCUUCCAUCAAGAACCGGCUCUCCCGCGGGUGCGCCUCUUUUGUCUGCUUUGGUCGCACUUCCGCAGGGCUUGAUACCCCAUCUCCUUUAAAAGUUGGCCCUGUUCAACAGCAGGAUGUCUUGCCAGGGCCACUUGAUUCAGAUAAGAGUAAUGAUCACACAUCUCAUCUUGAAGAUGGCAAUAGUAAUGCAAGAAAGGUUGCUCUUAAAAGUAGUUUGAAGAAGCCAUCAAAUAGUACUCCAGUUCCUCUUGAGGAUGUUAAUGACCGUGAGGCAUCAGGGGAGAAGGAUGGUGAUAUCCCUAGUCACACAGAACGAAGAAAGGUGCAGUGGACAGAUGCUUGUGGUAGUGAGCUUGCUGAAAUCAAGGAAUUUGAGCCCAGUGAAACAGGUGGAUCAGACGAUGAAUUUGACAGUGGAAGCGAAAGAACAUGUUCAUGUACGAUUAUGUAGUUUGGCCAUUAUGUUGAGUUGAAUGAUGCAUAAGGUAAAUCGCUGCUAACAGAGAUUGUGAUAUGUUGGAAAUGCUCAAUUGAUUUGUGGGCAAAGAAGAAGCAAGAUUUUUGAUUCUAAAUGAAAAGCACCAAUAGAGAGGAGCUAUCUAUCCUUGUGGCCACCUUAGUUGGACUGAUCUUUUGUGUCUAUAUUUAAUAUUUAAUUUGAGAUUUCAAUUUUGUCAUCCUGGGCCGCACUUUGUUUUCUUAUAUUAUUAUUAUUAUUGUUCUUGUUGCAUGACUUUGUUGUUCAUUAUUUCCAUGGUAAUUAAUGUGUUAUAUUUUUUUCAGCUCAAUCAUAUUCAUAUGUAGUUAGAAAGGAUGUUUGUGCUGUGCUUGUCCUGCUUAGAAACAUUGUACUAUUGGCUUUAUGACAGCAAAGUUUGGUAAAAAUGGAGGCCUUGUAAGAUUUCAA